AUGGAGUACUGGCAUUAUGUGGAAACUACGUCAUCGGGCCAACCUCUUCUUCGAGAAGGUGAAAAAGAUAUCUUUAUCGAUCAGUCCGUAGGUCUUUACCAUGGCAAAUCUAAGAUUCUACAGCGACAGAGGGGCAGAAUCUUUUUAACGUCACAAAGAAUUAUCUACAUCGACGAUGCAAAGCCCACUCAGAACUCGCUUGGGUUGGAAUUGGACGAUCUAGCGUAUGUAAACUAUUCAUCUGGCUUCUUGACCAGAUCACCUCGUCUGAUCCUGUUUUUCAAGGACCCCUCCAGUAAGGAUGAACUUGGUAAAAGUGCGGAAACAGCAAGUGCCGACGUUGUUUCGACGUGGGUCUGCCCCAUCUGUAUGGUUUCGAACGAAACGCAGGGGGAAUUCACUAAAGACACUCUACCUACACCCAUUUGUAUCAAUUGCGGUGUGCCAGCGGACUAUGAGCUCACCAAGUCGUCUAUAAAUUGUUCUAAUGCAAUCGACCCGAACGCCAACCCACAGAAUCAGUUCGGAGUGAACUCUGAGAACAUUUGCCCCGCCUGUACUUUUGCUAAUCAUCCUCAAAUAGGAAAUUGCGAGAUUUGCGGCCACAGAUUGCCUAAUGCAUCCAAAGUACGAUCAAAGCUGAACAGGCUAAACUUUCAUGAUUCUAGGGUCCAUAUUGAGCUAGAAAAAAAUUCACUGGCUAGAAACAAGAGCUCGCACUCGGCAUUAUCGUCCUCGUCCUCGACAGGAUCAUCGACAGAAUUCGUGCAAUUGAGUUUCCGCAAAUCUGAUGGCGUAUUGUUUUCACAAGCUACAGAGAGGGCUUUGGAGAAUAUACUCACUGAAAAGAAUAAGCAUAUUUUCAAUCAGAAUGUGGUUUCUGUAAAUGGUGUAGACAUGAGGAAAGGGGCUAGUUCUCACGAAUACAACAAUGAGGUGCCAUUUAUUGAGACUAAAUUGAGCAGAAUUGGCAUAUCAAGCUUGGAAAAAUCUAGAGAAAACCAGCUUUUGAACAAUGACAUUCUCUUUAACAAUGCGUUGACCGACCUAAACAAGCUAAUGUCGCUGGCUACCAGCAUCGAAAGACUAUACAAAAAUAGCAACAUAACGAUGAAAACCAAGACAUUGAACUUACAGGAUGAAUCAACCGUGAAUGAACCGAAAACGAGAAGACCGCUAUUGAUACUUGAUAGAGAGAAGUUCCUAAAUAAAGAGCUGUUCUUGGAUGAGAUUGCGAGAGAAAUUUACGAGUUCACGUUGUCCGAGUUUAAAGAUUUGAACAGUGAUACCAACUAUAUGAUCAUAACUCUGGUAGAUCUAUAUGCAAUGUACAACAAAUCUAUGCGUAUAGGUACAGGCCUGAUAUCUCCCAUGGAAAUGAGAGAAGCAUGCGAAAGAUUCGAGCAUUUAGGUCUAAAUGAAUUGAAGUUAGUGAAAGUUAACAAAAGAAUAUUAUGUGUAACGAGCGAAAAAUUCGACGUUGUAAAAGAAAAGCUAGUAGAUCUGAUCGGUGAUAAUCCUGGUUCUGAUCUCCUAAGAUUGACACAGAUUUUGAGUUCCAAUAAUUCAAAAUCAAACUGGACGCUAGGUAUCCUUAUGGAGGUAUUACAAAAUUGUGUCGAUGAAGGCGAUUUACUGAUAGACAAGCAACUGAGUGGGAUUUACUACUAUAAAAACUCUUAUUGGCCCUCGCAUAUAUAA